GUGUGGGAAGGAGACGCCCACCCUGGCGGGCGGGAGCGGAGGCGGCCUUCUCCCGGGUGACAGGCCCGGCCCUUCCGGAGGGCGGAGCGCGCAGCCGGGCGUCCAGGGCUGGGUGGCGGGGCUGGUCGGGGUUGCCCGCCCUCCUCUCCUCCUUCUCUCCCGUCCCCGCUUCCCCGCCAGGAGCAGCCGCGGCCGCGCUGGGAGCUGGGCACCAUGUCCGGGCAGAGCCUGACCGACCGCAUCACGGCGGCGCAGCACAGCGUGACGGGCUCCGCCGUCUCCAAGACCGUCUGCAAGGCCACCACGCACGAGGUGAUGGGCCCCAAGAAGAAGCACCUCGACUAUUUAAUACUGUGUACAAAUGACAUGAACGUAAAUAUCCCACAGUUGGCAGACAGCCUAUUCGAAAGGACAACAAACAGUAGCUGGGUGGUAGUAUUCAAAUCUCUCAUCACAACUCACCAUCUAAUGGUGUAUGGAAAUGAGCGUUUUACCCAAUAUCUGGCUUCCAGAAACACACUGUUUAACUUGAGCAAUUUCUUGGACAAAAGUGGAUUGCAAGGAUAUGAUAUGUCCACAUUUAUUAGGAGAUAUAGCAGAUAUUUGAACGAGAAAGCAGUUUCCUACAGACAAGUAGCUUUUGACUUUACAAAAGUAAAAAGAGGAGCUGACGGAGUCAUGAGGACAAUGAAUACAGAAAAACUAUUAAAAACUGUACCAAUUAUACAAAACCAGAUGGAUGCACUACUUGAUUUCAAUGUCAACAGCAAUGAACUUACAAAUGGUGUAAUUAAUGCUGCCUUCAUGCUUCUUUUCAAAGAUGCCAUUAGACUUUUUGCAGCAUAUAAUGAAGGGAUUAUUAAUUUGCUGGAAAAAUACUUUGACAUGAAAAAGAAUCAAUGCAAGGAAGCCCUUGACAUAUAUAAGAAGUUUCUGACUAGAAUGGCAAGAAUUUCUGAGUUUCUCAAAGUUGCAGAGCAAGUGGGGAUAGACAGAGGAGACAUACCAGAUCUUUCUCAGGCACCAAGUAGCCUUCUGGAUGCUUUGGAACAGCACUUGGCCUCCUUGGAAGGAAAGAAAAUCAAAGAUUCCACUGCUGCUAGCAGAGCUACCACACUCUCCAAUGCAGUUUCUUCCCUUGCAAGUACUGGCCUGUCUCUCACCAAAGUUGAUGAAAGGGAAAAACAAGCUGCCCUAGAGGAAGAACAGGCCCGUUUAAAAUCUCUAAAGGAACAGCGUCUAAAAGAACUUGCAAAGAAACCCCAUACAUCUUUAACCACAGCCUCCUCCCCUGUGUCAAAUACUGCAGGAAGCAUAAUGACCACACCAGCUAUUGACAUUUUUUCCACACCCAGUUCUUCAAACAGUACAUCAAAGCUUCCAAAUGACUUGCUUGAUUUACAGCCAGCUUUUCCUCCAGCUGUGCAUCCAAUAUCCUCUGCACCACAAAUGGGAGGGACCUGGGGAGAUCCUUUCACGUCCACUCCUGAUGCUGUUGAUGAUGCCAUUCCAAACCUAAAUCCUUUCCUCACAAAAUCUAGUGAUCACCUCUCUGUCUCCUCUGACGUACUCCCUUCUUUCACUUCUAGGACACCAACUCAUGAGAUGUUUGUUGAUUCUUUUUGUGGCCCACAAGCUUAUCCUAAUGCUUCCCAUUUCUGCAGUGAGCCCUCAACUGUAGCUGGUCUAUUCGGAGGGUUUACACCGUCUUCUGUUGCUCCAUCACAGCCAUCAGCAGGCCUUAAUGUUGACUUUGAGUCUGUGUUUGGAAACAAAAGCUCAAAUGUACCAGUGGAUUCUGGUGGCUUUGAUGAAUUAGGUGGACUCCUAAAACCAACAGUGGCUUCUCAGAACCAGAGUCUUCCAGCUUCCAAAGCACCAUCCCAUAAGUUAGUAUUAGAUGACUUGGAUUCAUCUCUAGCCAACCUCGUAGGCAAUCUGGGCAUUGGAAAUGGGACAGCUAAAAAUGAUGUAAACUGGACCCAGCCAGGAGAAAAGAAACUAACAGGAGGUUCCAACUGGCAGCCCAAAGUUGCACCUACAACUGCAUGGAAUGCUCCAACCAUGAAUGGCAUGCAUUUUCCACAAUACGCACCACCUGUCAUGGCCUACCCUGCUACAACACCAACAGGAAUGAUGGGAUAUGGAAUGCCAUCCCAAAUGGGAGGAGUACCAGUAAUGACGCAACCAACUUUAAUAUACAGCCAACCUGUCAUGAGACCUCCAAAUCCUUUUGGUCCUAUAUCAGGAGCCCAGCUGUCUGCUGCAUCCAGCCCAUCCAUUCAGAGUCCACACAGAGCUUCAGGAAAGGACCCCUUUGCAGAGGUCUCCCUCCAGGAUUUCUUGUAGGACAAUUUAGAUCCAGUUUAUGUAAUCAUGCCAGAUGGAGUGGAGUGGGAACAGUUCCAGGAAGACAUGUGCUCGGUGACCAACCCUUCUUUGCAGCUCAGUCAAAACGGAUGUGUCUCCAGCUCUCCAGUAGAACAGACUAAAUCACGCAAAGCCCACAACAGUGGUGGGAAUCUCCGCCAACCUAAGGAAGUCUCAGCACCCUGUGGUGUGGUAUAAAGCCAAGAAUUGCCACAAAUUUGGUGUGGGAUCUUUUUUCUAUUUUUCCCCCUCUUGUGGUAACAUAACAUGUUAGUAACUCCCACCCCACCGUUUUAUAACUGAUUGGUAACCCACAAAAGAAGCCACCUAUUCUGCUGUGGAGGGCAAACAGUAUCCUUGGAACUGGUCUUUUGGAAUGAAGAGCUGGGCAUAUUUUUCUCCUUAACUCCAGUGACUUUUCUCUAGAGGAUCAAAUCCUGAUUCUUUAAUUCUACAGCUUCCUCUCCUCAUUCAUUACAAAUGUUAGACUCCAUAAUGAAAAGUUUAACUUAAAAGGAAAAAAAAAUUAUAUAUUCCGUUUGCAUAGACAUUCCUUUAUGUAUUAUUGUUUGUAUUUAUUUAUGAUUAUCAGUUUAAAUAACAAUGUAUCACAAAGCCUCCUUUAUGGAGAAAUGAAUGCGGAUGUAUACUAUUGUUCUCCCAUUAGAAUUUGUUUUAUUUUUAUCCACAAGAACAAUUCUAGAAAUUCUCAGUACACACUCCACCAUGCAGAACGUUGGAUACGUCCCAAGGUCUGAAAAAUGCCCAUUGUUGAGCACCCCCAGGAAUUAGCAAGAUCAAUAUAUGGAGCUGCCAGUUCUGCUAAAGAUUUUGGGAAGGGGGGAACAGCUGACUGGUGGGAGCACAGUAUUUUUCGACCAGGCGUCGGUGCUUCAAGAAAGCUUUUCCUUGCUUUGUGCUUGGCAUGCCAUUUAUCUUACACUUGACAUACAGCCUUUCCCAAAUGAAUGUGAGGAAUUGCUUUCACUUUCAAAGACUUUCCUUCUCUGUAUAAAAGAAAAAGCAACUGGACAAUUCUGGUGUAUUAUGUGGGGGGAAAGAAAGCCUUGACUUCUUUUGCAUUUGCAUCAUGUACUAUGAAAUAGAAUAAAAAUCUCAGAAGGGAAGUAGCAUCUUUGCUACGGGCAACCCACCAUGAAGUUCUCCAGUGGAAGCUCCAUCAAAUAUGGGCUUGUUCGGGACUACUUCCUGGUGCCCUGGGUUCUCAGCACGCAGGAAUCCUUUUUGUUUUCUGAUGAAUUCAAAACAGCACUGUGGAUCGGUGCUUUGUGUAAAUACAUCCUAUCAGUUUAGGUGGCAUUUGGGGCCUUAAGAAGGAUAGUCUAGGGCAUGAAAGCAAUUCUGUACAUGAAUUAAGCAUAUUUGCUGCAUUGUCUCUGCAGAUUCUAUUUUUGUUUAAAAUGUUAAGAUGUAUGUUAGCCAAAAAGGUGGAUUUUCAAAUAAAAUGCAGCUUCCACAAA